GGCGGGGCGUGCACCAUUCCCCUGUCCUCAACCAAGGCCACCUCCUCCUCCCUGGCCGGUGGGGCAGCUCGCAGCACUUCAGCCCACCUGCCUCUGCUCCGCCACUCUGCCCUCCUGAUGCUACCUCAAUCCUGAGACAGUUCCUCCAUCCCGGAAUCUCCAAUGUUGCCCUCUCCCUGCCCACCCUCGCCUCGCUCGUACCUGCCUGCCCUCUGGGCUGCCUCCUUCAGAGAGCCUGUUUGCAUGGGCGCCUCCUGUUAUUCUUGCCUCUGCCAGUUGUUAACACGGUUGGGCCAGUGCCCUGUCUGCCUCUUGAGAGGUGAGGCCUGGGGCAGGAGCUAUCUGCCAGCCCCACAUCCCCAGACCCUGGCCAGUCCACCCUUGGCAUGGUGGCCCCGGUGGUAAUGAGACACCCUCCGGGGCUAUGUAAUAGAGUGUGUAUCAGACAGUUUCCCUGUAGGACUGUUGUGGGGACCAAACCUCCAGGGUUCCGGCCGCAGCCAGCACUUAUCCAGGAGCCUGGGCCUCAACUGGCCUUGGACUGGGUGUAGUCGUUAGCUAUGUGUGGCUGGUCACUGCCUGCUUACCUCUGCCCCACCUCUACCGGCCCAUCCCCCCAAACUGGCCUUCCCACAGGCUGGGAGGUUUUUCAUACAUGGUCCCAGCUCACUGUGGGGGCAGCAGCCAAUUCCCGACCCACUGUGCAGCAGGGCCCUUUUGGGGUCUAACUGCCAAGCUUCCAGUUUUAGAAGGGUGUCUUUGUUUCUUUCUGUUGGGGGCUGGUGGGAGGGAGUGUCCGUUCAGACAUCCAGACAUGUUCUGUUGUUCCAGCUGGCCCUCUGCCCUGCUCAGGGCCCCAACACUGCACCUCAUGCUUGCUUCCCAGGCCCCAUUUCCACCUGGGUAAAUGCUUCCCCCUUGUCCCUGUGCGCUGUCCGUGCGUGUCUGCAGACCUGGGCUCGGCCUCCUGUGUAGAGAUGUUGUAGAAGCUGUGUGAAAGGGAUACUCGAGGUCAUUUCAGCAUGGAGGCCAGGAUGACUAAGUGCACCUGUGUCCCUGGUCCACGUGGCCCACCACCUCAGCUGAGCUGUCAGCACCGGAGCCCCCUGUGAUGCACCCAGUGCUGGAGCCGCUCUCCUGGAUGCUGGGCACCUGGCUGUCGGACCCGCCCGGAGCAGGCACCUUCCCGACACUGCAGCCCUUCCCGUACUUGGAGGAGGCGCACAUCUCCCACGUGGGCCAGCCCAUGCUGAACUUCACGUUCAACGCCUUCCACCCGGACACCAGGAAGCCGAUGCACCGAGAGUGUGGCUUUAUCCGCCUGCAGCCGGACACCAACAAGGUGGCCUUUGUCAGCGCCCAGAACACAGGCAUCGUGGAAGUGGAGGAGGGCGAGGUGAGCGGGCGGGAGCUGUCCAUCUCCUCCCACUCCAUCGCCAGGAUCUCCUUCGCCAAGGAGCCCCGUGUGGAGCAGAUCACCCGAAGGUUCAGGCUGACUGCUGAGGGCAAACUGGAGCAGACCGUCUCCAUGGCAACCGCCACCCAGCCGCUGACCCAGCACCUUCACGUCACCUACAGGAAGGUGACCCCGUGACCCCUGACCCGGCACAGCAAGGCCGAGGAUUGUCCCGUUGACUCUGCAGUUGGACCAUCCUGUGUCCCCGCGUGCUGAGGCGGGAGAACAUUGUCGGGUUCCUGUGAUGGGAGAAACCAAAUAAAGGCCUUUAUUUUUAUGGCUUGA